AUGAAAUUACUGGAUUCUUUAUUUCUUUUUUCACUUACUGAUUCUUUAGUUCUUUUUCCAAUUACUGACUCUUUAGUUCUGUCUCCAGUUACUGAUUCUUUAAUUAUGUCUCCAGUUACGGAUUCUUUAGUUAUGUCUCCAGUUGCUGAUUCUAUAGUUAUGUCUCCAAUUACUGAUUCUUUAAUUUUGUCUCUAAUUAUUGUGGCUUUCAACCUGUGCGGGGACAUUGUCCGUAUCAGUGGUGGCAACGACAAGCAAGGCUUUCCCAUGAAGCAGGGUGUGCUGACCACCUCACGAGAACGUAAACGCAAAUCUAUCCGUGGCUGCAUCGUAGAUAGUACUCUGAGUGUGCUUGCCUUGGUCUCACUGACACCAACCAUUCCCCGUCGUCAGGGCCCCAAGAGAGCCAGCAAGAUCAGGAAGCUCUUUAACCUAUCCAAGGAGGAUGAUGUCCGACAGUAUGUAAGAAGGCAAAAAAGCAAAGCCCCCAAGAUCCAGCGCCUGGUGACUCCGGUUGUCCUGCAGCGAAAGCGCCACCGACUGGCUCUCAAGAAAAAGAGAGUGGUCAAGAAACGGGAAGAUCACGCUGAAUACCAGAAAUUGCUGGCUGCGAGAAUUAAGGAGGCCAAAGAAUGCAAAGCAGAAAGGUAA